AUCCUGCCAUGACCAGGACUGUCUUCUUGUCGUAGCUCGAAGCUUUGACCUGCAGAAGUCGGAGGCCAUGCUGAGAAAGCAUGUGGAGUUCCGGAAACAAAAAGAUCUUGAAAAUAUCGUGAGCUGGCAGCCCCCGGAGGUGAUCCAGCAGUACCUGGCUGGUGGGAUGUGCGGCUUUGACCUCAACGGCUGUCCUGUGUGGUACGAUGUGAUCGGGCCGCUGGACGUCAAGGGGCUGCUGCUGUCCGCCUCCAAGCAGGAUCUGCUCAGGACCAAGAUGAGGGACUGCGAGAUGAUCCGGCUGAUGUGCGCUCAGCAGUCAGAAAAGUUGGGUAAGAAGAUAGAGACCCUCACCAUGGUCUAUGACUGCGAGGGGCUGGGCCUCAAGCAUCUCUGGAAGCCUGCCGUGGAGCUCUACGGGGAGUUCCUUUGCAUGUUUGAGGAGAAUUACCCAGAGACCCUCGGACGCCUCUUUGUCAUCAAAGCUCCCAAACUAUUCCCUGUGGCCUACAACCUCAUCAAACCCUUCCUGAGCGAGGACACAAGGAAGAAGAUCAUGGUUCUGGGUGCGAAUUGGAAGGAAGUUUUACUGAAGCAUAUCAGCCCUGACCAGCUGCCCAUGGAUUAUGGGGGCACCAUGACAGAUCCCGAUGGGAACCCCAAGUGCAAAUCCAAGAUUAACUACGGGGGCGAAAUCCCCAAGAAGUAUUACAUCCGGGAUCAGGUGAAUCAGCAGUAUGAGCACACGGUCCAGAUCAACAGGGGCUCCUCCCAUCAGGUGGAAUACGAGAUCCUCUUCCCCAGUUGUGUCCUCAGGUGGCAGUUCAUGUCAGAUGGGGCAGAUGUGGGCUUUGGGGUCUUCCUGAAGACAAAGACUGGUGAGCGGCAGAGAGCUGGAGAGAUGACCGAGGUCGUUCCCACUCAGAGGUACAAUGCCCACCUGGUCCCUGAGGAUGGGACUCUCACCUGCACCGAGCCUGGGAUCUAUGUCCUGAGGUUCGACAACACCUACAGUUAUAUCCAUGCCAAGAAGGUCAGCUUCACGGUGGAGGUGCUGCUUCCAGACAAGGCCUCGGAGGAGAGGCUGCAGCAGCUGGGAGAGAAGGGCCUGGCGCCUUCCCAGCACUGAGGGCCCCGUCCCGGCCUCGGCCCCAGCCCAGGCCGCCCAGCCUGCGCUUUGGGGUCCGGGAUCUGGGCUGGAGCUCAGUCCCCAGCUCAGCCCUGCCUCACUGCUGCGCUGCAGUCAGCCCAGGCUGAAGAUGGCAGGCUCUGCCGGGGUGAGAGGGUGUCCCUUGGGAGGUGGAGAGAGGCCCUGGGGGGCAGGGAAGGCCCUACCCUGCCCCCUUCCCUCUUUCCACCUUCCACCUUAAGUCGGGGUCCCAUGGGUGCCGGGCACUGGUGGAAUCCGCCCAUCUUUUGACUCGUGCCAAGCCCAGCUUCCGUCCUGGGAGCCAGAGCCUGGUGAGGGCAACUGGCUGGCACGAAGCCUCCCUCAGGGACUCCAGCUCUGGGCAGGGAGCCUGGGCACUUUUCUAGAGAGAGAAUAGAGGUAGCCGAGGACGGGGGGCAGCUGGGCUGGGGCUGGGGGUGCCCGUCCCCACUUUAGGCCAGAAGGGGGGGCUGCUCCUAGCCGGGCACUGGGCUCUCCGGCCUCACCUCAGGGGCCCUUUGGCCAGCUUGUCUUAAUCUCUCCUGAAUGCCGUAAUCGCUCCUGAGAGCUCCUUAUGUCCCAGGCUUGGCUCCCUGCCUGGCACUGCCAGCCCGUUCUGUGGGUGGUCCCGAGGGAGAUGCACAGCUCCCACGAGACCUCGUCCCUGCCCUCCUGGGGCCUCGGAAACUCCCAGGACGACGAGCCGUUGGUGCUCGGCGCCACCCUCUAACCCCCAAUUGGCACAAAGAGAAGGAAGGCUCUCGAGAGCCCCUUCAACCCCCUCGUUUUGAGGAGGAGGAAGCAGAGAGCCAGGCCAUAGCCUCGGGCCAGUGGCACAGCCGGGACUUGAGCCAAGGGUGCCUCCCUCCGUUCAGGAUUCUCCCAGCCUCCCCUGUCGUCUCUUGGCUAGAGGGAUCGGCAGGGGCGCCCGCUGGCCGCUGGGUGCUUACGGCCCAGCAGAAGGGAGGGGGGACCCCCCUUCAAAGGAGUCAGGGCCCAGGUGCUGAUGGGAGUACCCCAGAGGGCACCCAGACUGACCGAGGGCUUACGGCAGGGGGGGAACAGGGACCGGAACCUAUUGGGUGUCUUUCCCGAGGGGGUCCAGGGCGGGCUGUUCUGGCACCCUCCAGAACUUGGCCCUAGAGGGCAGAACUAGGAGUAGUAGGUAGGGCGUGGUAGGGAGGCCGAUUUUCUCAGUUGAUUUAAGGAAAUAAAGAACUCUAACAAUAUGAGCUGCCCAAUACGUGGAAUGGGUGUCCUGGGUAGGUAGUGAGCUCCCCAUCCCUGGGAAGGUUUUCAAAGGGAGGCUCAAUGGCCACUUGUUAGAGAGAGGGCAACCUGGGGCCUUUCCAGCUCUGCUGAUUCUGUGAUUCUCUGGGGAAUGGGGCUGCUUGACAUGGAUAGUGAGUUCCCCAUCACUGGAACUAUUCAAGUGGAGGUAGGAUAAUCAUGUCAGGGAUGCUGUAGAGGGAUUCUUGCUCAGGUAUGGGGUGCACUAGAUGCUCUCGAAGCAGGCUGCCCCCAGAGGUGGGGGGGGUGUCCCUGGGUGGGAGGGUGUCCCGGUUUACAAAUGCUCUGUUAGGAAAAUUAACCGACGAAUAAAGAAAUCUCUGCGUU